CUGCCAUUCUCUGCUUAAUCUGUUCUUUUUGUUAAAGUUUCAGUGACUUACAGGCCAAUGGCGUUUUUCACAGAAAAGGGUGCGAGUGCCUCCUUGGUAUUGAUCCUGUGUUUGGUGGUUUUUCAUGAAGUUUCUGACUGCACCUCAGGGAGUGGCUGCUUUUAUGCUAAUGCAGCUCAUAGUCACAGCAGAAAGACACUGGCUGGUUUCAAGGAGAAGGAGGUGGCGCAGGGCUUUCUGCAUAGAUCAACAAGCACUGGAAACAGAGAAAAUUUGGUGGGUUGGGAGUUAAGAACAGUUCCUUCAGGUCCAGACCCAUUGCACCACAAUGGAGGCAGUCCAAAGAAGCCAAGGACUCCUUGAAUAUCUCAUUACAGAAACAAAAGUUGGCUGUUUUAAUUAGCGUUUUGUUUUGUUGGGACUAACAAUAGAAACCUCAACUUUAGAAUAUUGCAACUUUUUGUCUUACCGAGAAAGGAAAGAAAGUUUCAUAGUCUAC